AUGAACGAAAAACAUUCCCUGCAGCGGCUAGAGUCGCCAUCGCGCACCUUCUCCUACCUCUUCCACCUCGCUGGCGUAUGCUCAUUCAUGUCCUCGCUUGUCUACAUCUUUCUCUUUCCUCAAAUUCCGGCUGGAUCAUUCGGCGGAGACUUCCAGUAUCUCACUAUCCUCGGACUGGCCCUGUCGUUUCUCACCUUUAUGGUGGCCUACGCUGCCGACAUCAGCCUGCUGCCAGAGGUGUUUGCGACCAAAAACAAACUCGCUGUCUGUGUGGCCCCCCUAGAAGUGCUCAUCAGCAUCCUUUACUGGGGCCUCCGUGCCUAUGAUAAGAACCUUGUCUUCCCACCCGAUUUGGAGGUAGAACUUCCACUCUUGGCCGACAUUGGCUUCCAUGCUGCGCCCGCUGCCUUCCUCGCACUCGAUCUGCUCCUGUUCAGCCCGCCUUGGACCAUCUCGCCAAGGGACGCUCUAGAACUGAGUCUCGUUCUCGCGCUGACCUACUGGAGCUGGGUUGAGAUUUGCUUCAGCUAUAACCACUUUUAUCCGUACCCGAUUUUCGAGCUGCUGAACAAGCCCCAGCGCAUGGGUCUCUUCGGCUUCUCCGCCCUGCUCAUGACUGGCAGCACUGUGAUGCUGAAAGCGCUCUACCGGUGGCUGAACGGUGUCGAUGCAGAGCCAGUAAAGAAAGAUUGA